AAUUCCAAGUAUUCCAAGAUGCCGAUUGACCCGAAAAUGAAAAAUCCAAAAAAAUUGCCGAUUUUUCGUCAUAUGAUGAGACAUCAGCGAGGGUGGGGCUAUCCGGAUAUUCUUACAAUUAGAGGCUCGGUGUUGCUAAGUGUCAUUCCUAUAAUUGUUUGUACAGCUUUGUGGUCAUCUUUUUUAUGCUAUCUUAAUCUUGAGCUGGAUUACGAUUUGCUUCUGCCAAUCGACUUGGUGGGAUCCGUCGCGGUUGUAGUUGGUCUCUUGUUAGCUUUUCGAACGAACAAUGCUUAUGAUCGAUAUUAUGAAGGUCGCAAGCUUUUUACAAACAUGUGCACUCAAGUUAGAAAUUGUGCACGCACAUUAUGGGUCGGCGUAGUAGAGCAAUCUGAUCAAGAUCAUCGUGAUAAAGAACAAACUAUUAAACUGUUAUUGGCGUAUGUGGUGGCAGUCAAACAUCAUUUGCGUCUGGAAUUUGGAACUCGUUGGAAUGACUUAUCAGAUCUUUUACCGCCCGGUUUUCAACUCUCAUAUUUCGAUGGGAAUGCUACGCAACAAGGUGUCGAUGUAGGUUCUGGUGGGCCCGAAGAUCCAAACUUACCAGAAAAUGCAAAUUCCGCGGGAAGCAAUCAAACUGAGCAUACUAUAUCAAACACUGUUCAUGGCUUAACUGGGAUCAUCCCAGAAACCAUCCAAUUAUUACGUGAAGCAUCGGCCAACGGAGGAUCCACCACAGUUUACUUAGACGAUGAAGAGUUCGACGGAGAAGUUGAUGCAAGCAUGAGUUUACCCUUGGAAAUUGUGAUGCAUCUUGGUUUGUACUUUGACGAAAAAUUCCGUGAAGGGAAAAUUGAUGGUGGACGAUUUGGAACUGUAUCGGCUUUUUUGAAUUCUUUGAUUGAAACUCUUGGUAACUUGGAACGUAUUAGUACUACUCCAAUGCCACAUGCUUAUAAUGUUCAUUUGAAACAAGCUGUUACCAUUUAUGUUUGGGCUCUUCCACUUGCACUCGUAGAUAAACUUUUAUGGUAUACCGUGCCGGCUACCGCGGUUGUUGCUUUUGUGUUGUUUGGUGUCGAGGGUAUCG